UGGCCGAGAUGGUAAUAAAGCCGUCGCCACAGUAUACCGUCGAGUUCGAGCUCAAUUGGGAUUCCUCGUCCAGGAUCAAGAUAUUUUUGGUAUUUCUGUUCUCGGCACAUUAACGCCAUCUUAAGGAUGGAUAGGAAAAGGAAGCAGCAAUGGGAGUCUGAGGAUCCCCCUCGGUCCAAAAAAUCACAUAUUAGCGAUGCGGGCGGUGAUGGAGGGGAUGUGUCCUAUGCCCCCCAGCAGAUGUUCAAAUCCUUGAGUGAUGCAUCCACCGACUCUGAUUCUUCAUCUUCAAUGGGAUCCCCUCCUCCGGUUCUUUAUACCCCCGUGGGUGCAUCAAUGGGUGCAUCCAUGGUUGCACCAGGGGGUGCAACAGUGGUCUCAACCAAGCCAGCACCGGGAUCAUCCUCUUCGGGAUACAGCUCCAUUGCACAGAAUAUGAUGGCUAAAAUGGGCUACAAAAAAGGCACUGGACUUGGCAAACUUGGCAAAGGACGUGUGGAGAUCGUGGAGGCAUCCAAACAAAGAGGGCGCCGUGGUCUUGGUCUCAAGACCAAGGGCUUUGAACCCAGCUCUGAAGUGGUCUGGACUGGAGAUGAAAAGAUAUCUUCCCAAGAGACUGUAGAAUGGAUGGAGCCGUCGCAAGGCAUCCUAUCUAGCGCUGAGAUAGAGGAAUGGAAAGUUCUAUGGGAUGCUCAAAAGCAAAAGCUGACAAUUGAUGAUGAGACAGAGUUCUGUGAUGAAACAUUGCUCAAGACACUUCUUGAUCAAAAGACGACCUUUGACCUUCUUGAUGGGGAGGAGAUGAGGCAAGCGAGAACACGCUCCAAUCCCCAUGAGACCAUCCGAGGGGGUAUCUUCUUGAAUAGAGCAGCUAUGAAGAUGGCCAAUAUGGACUUUGUCUGUGAUUACAUGUUCACAUCACCAAAACACCCAGAUGGGACACCUAUUGUGAAAGACAAUGAGCUGUUGUACUUUGCCGACGUGUGUGCCGGCCCUGGAGGGUUCUCAGAGUAUGUGGUAUGGAGAAGAACACAGUCUCGCCAAAAGAAGGACUUCAAGGUCAAAGGUUUUGGGUUCACCUUGAAAGGGAACAAUGAUUUCAAGUUAGAGGACUUCUAUUCCGCACCUCCAGAAUUCUUUGAACCUCAUUAUGGUGUGAACGGAAGUGAAGGUGAUGGAGAUGCUACAAAUAGUGAUAACCAACGUGAGUUCAGAAGAUUUGUAAUGGAGCACACCGGCGGCAAAGGCGUCCAUUUUGUCAUGGCUGAUGGGGGAUUCUCUGUGGCAGGACAAGAGAACAUCCAAGAGAUUCUUACUAAACAACUGUUGCUAUGCCAAUUUCUGGUUGCUAUGUCAAUUGUGAGAGAAGGUGGUCACUUUGUUUGUAAAACCUUUGACCUCUUCACACCAUUCAGUGUUGGUUUGAUCUAUGUCCUGUAUCGGUCAUUUGAACAGGUCUCUAUCUUCAAACCGGUUACCAGUCGACCAGCAAAUUCAGAGAGAUACGUCAUCUGCAAGGGUCGAAGGUCAGGCACAGAUCCCACCCAUGAUUUCCUCUUUGACCUGAACGUGACCUUGAACAUGCUGAAAUCAAGCAAACAGGACGUCCUUGAGAGUGUGCCACUGGAUGUACUACGAGCAGACAAUGCUUUCAUGGACUACAUCAUUGAACAGAAUGAAAGGCAAGCUGAGACUCAGACCCAGGCUCUUGCCAAGAUCCAGGCUUACGUUCAGAACUCAGAUCUGAUUGAGAUGGAACAAAAGAGGAUGAGAGAUGAAUGUCUAGCUCUCUGGGGGAUUCCAGGGAGAUCAAGAGCCGCUCCUAAAGUCCCAGAUGCUGCUACAAAAUUUGAUGACCUAUGUCAGGAAGAUCAAGGGGACUAUGGUUACUUCUGCAGGCGAGCCAUGCCAUUGGACAAGGAGAAUUUUGCUCAGAAGGUCAAGAGUGUGUAUGACUAUCGAUGUACAGUGGCUGCAGGGGAAAGAUACUUUGUUCUUGGCAUUGGGAGAUCAUAUGUGUACUUCUGGGAUGGGAAGAACCAACCGCCAAGAUGGAGGAAGCUAGAUCGAUGUAAGCUACAGCUACCAGGAGGCACGUUAUUUGAAGCAGAACUCAUUGAAGAACUCAAAGGAGAGGGUCCAGGGCAGAGAAGAAUGUUGACAGCUCAUAUCAUAGAUGCUAUGUGGUUAGCGGGUCAGGAUAUUCAUUCUUUACCAUACUCAGAAAGGCUUCAAAGGAUAAGUUUAUUUGUCAAAGCAGUAGACCGACCUACGAGAUCUGACCUUACACCUCUGAGGGUCAAAGAGGUUUUCAGAUGUCAAGAUGUCACUGAGAUCAUGGAAAGACUAGUGAUGCUUGUGGUGAAGGGUGGAGGAAGGCAGAGAAGACUGUGUUACAGGACAGAUAAUGGUAGGCAUUACAUGCCACAAGGAAUCUUCUUUAUCAAGACAUGCAAUGAUCCGUGGACAGUGCAAUGGAGUAGAUCUCAGAGGAGAUUGUAUUUCUUCAACAUGAGCAAUCGUAACUCUGUCUUCGAGUACCCUCCAGAGAGCAUUGCCUCAUUCAAAGCUUGUAGAAUCCAUCGAUUGCUGUGGGCCUGGGAGGAAGGGAUCAGACUCCAUGAUCUGCAAGAGAUGAGGGAGGAUCCAAACAAACUCUCCAAGGACAUGGUGCUGGAUCAUAUCAAGAAACAAAGAGUCGUGUUAUAGAAGGAAAAACAGAAGGGAGGAAUAACAGAAGGAAAGAUGGAAGGAGGAAUAGAUGAAGGAAAGAUGGAGAGAGGAAUAACAGAAGGAUGAUAGAUUUAUGAUCAGCAAGAGAUGAAGGAAGAUCCAAACAAGGACAUGGUAUUGGAUCACAUCAUGAAACGAAGAUCUGUUGGCAGAACUAAUGAAGGGGGAGAAUCAUGCAAGGCAGAAUGAAGUGCCAAUCAAGGAUUUGGGAG